UCCGGACAUUGUGCUGCGCGUCUCCAACACACUAAACUCUCCAACACUCGUCUCAGUUCAUUUCGUCUUAUCUUUAUUUCAUCUGUUCAACAGCUCUGAAGAUCUCUGAAUAAUGGCUUUCCAGUAUCCAGACACCUAUAGGGACGAAUCAGUGGUGGAUGACUAUCAUGGCUGUAAAGUUCCUGACCCGUACAGCUGGCUGGAGGAUCCUGACAGUGAAAAAACACAGGCGUUUGUGAAUGUUCAGAAUCAGCUGACCCUGCCGUUCCUGGAGCAGUGUGAGAUUAGAGACAUCUUUAAGGAUCGUAUGACUGAACUCUAUGACUACCCCAAAUACAGCUGCCCCUUCAAACGCGGGAACAGGUAUUUUCACUUUUACAACACUGGUCUGCAGAACCAGAGCGUUUUGUACAUGCAGGAGAACCUUGAGGCAGAGCCCAGCGUGUUCCUGGACCCAAACACCUUCUCAGAGGACGGGACGGUUUCUUUACAAGGUUAUGCGUUCUCUGAGAAUGGCGAGUACCUGGCAUACGGCACCAGCGCGAGCGGCUCCGACUGGGUUGAGAUCCGGUUCUUGCGCGUGGACGGCGCUGUACCUCUGGAGGACCGACUGGAGAGGGUCAAAUUCACCUGCAUGUCCUGGACUCACGAUGGAAAGGGACUCUUCUAUAACUCUUAUCCUGUGCAGGAGGGCAAGAGUGACGGCACUGAGACGUCCACUAACCUGCACCAGAAGUUGUACUAUCACGUGUUGGGAACCCCUCAGUCUCAGGACGUCCUGUGUGCUGAAUUUCCUGAUCAGCCGAAAUGGAUGAGUGGUGCUGAGGUGUCUGAUGAUGGCCGUUAUGUGCUGUUGUCCAUCCAAGAGGGCUGUGACCCCGUCAACAGACUGUGGUACUGUGACCUGAACGACGUGCCGCAGGGAGUCACUGGUUUGCUGCCAUGGGUGAAGCUGAUCGAUAACUUUGAUGCAGAGUAUGAAUACGUCACAAAUGAAGCAACUGUUUUCACUUUCAAAACCAACCUGGAAGCUCCUCAAUAUAGACUCAUCAACGUUGACUUCGCCCAACCGUCCAUCAGCCAGUGGAAAGAGCUCAUUCCCCAACACGACAAAGACGUCAUCGUGUUUGCUACCUAUACAUACUCCAAGUUCCUGUUUGUGUGUUUCCUCCAUGAUGUGAAGAACGUGUUGAAGAUGUUCCAUCUGUCCUCGGGGGAGGAGAUACGCACUUUUCCGCUGGACGUCGGCUCGAUUGUGGGCUUCACUGGGAGGAAGCAAGACUCUGAGAUCUUUUACAGCUUCACCUCUUUUCUCUCUCCAGCGAUCAUCUAUCACUGUGAUCUGACUAAGGAGCCGCUGCAGCCGCAUUUCUUCAGAGAGGUCACAGUGAAGGGUUUCAGUCCUGCUGACUACCAGACCACUCAGGUCUUUUAUCCCAGUAAAGACGGCACCCAAAUCCCAAUGUUUAUUGUCCAUAAGAAAGGAAUCGAGCUGGAUGGUUCCCAUCCUGCCUUCCUGUAUGGAUAUGGAGGUUUCAACAUUUCCAUCACACCCAGCUACAGUGUUUCUCGGCUGAUAUUCGUCAGGCAUCUGGGAGGAGUUUUAGCUGUCGCCAAUAUCAGAGGAGGUGGAGAGUAUGGAGAGACAUGGCAUAAAGCUGGGAUGUUGGCCAAUAAGCAGAACUGUUUCACUGACUUUCAGUGUGCAGCUGAGUAUCUGAUAAAGGAGGGUUACACUUCCCCCAAUAAAAUCACCAUCAAUGGAGGCUCCAACGGAGGGCUGCUCGUGGCGGCAUGUGUGAAUCAGAGGCCUGAUCUGUUCGGCUGUGCUGUGGCUCAAGUCGGCGUCAUGGACAUGUUAAAGUUUCAUAAGUUCACUAUCGGACACGCCUGGACCACUGAUUUCGGCUGCUCGGAAAUCAAAGAGCAAUUUGAUUGGUUAAUCAAGUAUUCUCCUCUUCACAAUAUCCAUGUUCCAGAAGCUGACGGGGCUCAGUAUCCCGCCAUAUUGUUGUUAACGGGUGACCAUGAUGACCGCGUGGUGCCGCUGCACUCGCUAAAAUAUAUCGCCACACUGCAGAAUGUGAUCGGUCAGUGGCCCGGCCAGUCAAACCCCCUCUUUAUCUAUGUGGACACAAAGUCGGGCCACGGCGCAGGAAAGCCCACCAGUAAAGUCAUUCAGGAGGUGGCGGACACAUACGCCUUCAUCGCUCGCUGCUUGAACCUCAGCUGGAUCGAAUGAAACAAAAGUUAGGCGGCUCUUAACCUCCUCUAAGCUGUUCCUCUACUCCUGCAGGUUUUUCUUCUUACAGUUUGAAUUCAGUCUUGCCUGUUUGCUCUCCUGUUCACUGAACUAUUCAUCUUUCUUGGUCUCUGUCUCUCCCACGUCUCCACGGUUUCAUUAUUUAAUGUGUU